UCUUUAACGCGCAUGCGUAAAGUUAAUUUACGUGGCACCGUGCAUGCUGACGAAAAAAUUUACUUGGAAACGACGAAAAUUAACACUUAAAAAUGAACUCUUUUAGUUUAAUUGCUAGACUGGCUUUUGCACUAGUAUUUGUAUCAUAUAUCGAAUGUUACUUUAUUCAAAUUGACGCCCAUGCUGAAGAGUGUUUCUUUGACAAAGUCACAUCGGGUACUAAAAUGUCCCUCAUGUUUGAAGUGGCAGAAGGUGGAUUUUUGGAUAUUGACGUGAAGAUUUAUGGCCCAGACGGAAAAGUUAUUCACUCUGGUGAUCGUGAAUCAAAUGGCAAAUACACUUUCGCAGCUCAUAUGGACGGUGUUUACAAAUAUUGCUUUGGAAACAAGAUGUCAACAAUGACACCUAAAAUUGUCAUGUUCAGUAUGGAUAUUGGAGAAAAACCCAAAGAACAAGAAAAUAUGGAAAAUGAUGCUCAUCAUAAUAAACUGUCUGAAAUGGUCGUUGAGUUAGCAACUGCUUUAACUGGUGUAAAACAUGAACAAGAAUAUAUGGAAGUUAGAGAAAGAAUACAUAGAGCAAUCAAUGACAAUACUAACUCUCGUGUGGUAUUAUGGUCAUUUUUUGAAGCCUUAGUAUUAGUAGCUAUGACAUUAGGACAAGUUUAUUAUCUUAAAAGAUUUUUUGAAGUUCGACGUGUGGUGUAAUAUAUUGAGAAUAGAAAGUUAGAGACUUUAUAAAUUGCUUCCAUGGUUUGAAAUGUAAAUGGUGAAGAUAUUCAUUUUAGGAGGAGCACAAGACUUUAAUAUCCGUAAUAUGUUAUAAAGCAUGGAACGUCAUCAUGUUAAUAUAUUGAUGCAGUGGAGCUUUUAUGGCAUCUUUGUGAACCAAAACAGAUACCUUUCUAAAUAACAGUACAUAACUCUUAUUUUAAAUUUAUUGUUAAUUCUGUUACUAUGUGUAGUUUUCAUUGGUACUAUUUUCAAAAGUGGCCUUUAGCGUGUAACUUUAUAAUUUAUCAUUACUUGUAUUGUUCAAUGCAAGGAUAAAAAAGGGUAAUUCAAGGAAAAUCACAGUACCUCACUAUCAACUUGUACUAACAAAAAGUUGGCUGAUUUUAUUAUUAUUGCCCAAAGCUCCACUGUUUCUGAUGUGCCCCUUCAUCCUUGAUGUAAUUUGAUGAAUGAAUGAUGAAUGUUAUUUUAUGUUUGUAAAGGUUAUAGAUCUAAAGGCAAAGCAUGGCUUGGUUCAUUCCUGGCUUAGGUGUAUGGCUUUAUUUUAGCAAUCUCUCUGUAUCACAAUAGAAUUAAUGUAUUUUUGACUGAUAAUACAGAGAUGAAAAAACAUGUGUUGUUCCUUUACCAACUCAUAGUAUAAUGUCAAUCUAAGUUAAAUUAAAGAUAUAUUUCCUCGACAGACACAAUCUAGAAUACAUAAAUAUCGACUGAAAAAUAUAUAUAACUUAUCUUUCAAUAUCAUUCAAGGGAAGUUUAUUUGACAUGCUUUUUGACAAUUUGCAAAUUUUUAUUGGCACUGGAACAUGUAUGUAGUAAAUUUGGGAGAUGUGAAUGGUAGUGACGCUUAACACUUAACUUAUUUAAUUUAUUGUGGGCGAUUUGAGGAAACGUAUCUUUAAAAGUAAAGAGGUAUACAUGAUGGAUUGUAUGUGAUUACAUGUGUUAUAUAAGCCUUUGGUAUAAAUGAUAUUCUUUGUUUAGAAUAGAUGCAAUGUACUACUUAGAACAUCUAUAUUAAUGCAACCAUCAUUUAUUACAUAGUUUAUACUAUAUGUGAACCCAAUUAAUGUUUUAAAUAUAGAUGAAUAUGGAGUAAUGUUCAUGUAUAUAAAAUGAAGGAUUGUUUAAGUUGUGUUGUCACUAUUAGAUGUUGAUGUAUAUUUUAUACAUAAAUUUUUUAGUCCAUUUGCAUGUUAUACUAUCUGUAAAUCAUUUAAAGAGACAGUUUGGAGUCCAAUUUUUAAUGUGAAUUUAUUAUGCCAGAAUACUUGAUAAUGAUCAACAUAAUGAGAUUAAUCUUUGUUUACACAAACUGAAUACAGAUGUUAAAGAUUAAAGCAUGUUAUACAGACCAUAGUGAAGUUUGAAUUUGUCUACAUAAUUCAUCUUUCUUAGAUAAAUAAUAUUAUAAAAUCUUAGGGAUUUCGAGAAAUUUAAUUUGGGAAAGCCAUACUCUACUUCCUGUUAAAAUUCUUUUCUCCUUUUUUUUUUCUUUUUGUUGUUGUAAAUACCAAAUUUGUGUGUAAUUUGUUUGGUGUAUAAUUUAAGUAAUAAGUAAGUUGUUAAUUUUGAUAUAUUAUUCAUAAUGGAAAAAGGAGCAAGACAGUCAUAUAAAAUACGUCCCAAUAAUUACGUAAUGAAGUGCACAGUAAAGUUUAAACAUGGUUAUUGACUAUUUUUUUUUUAUGUCUAUUUGGUUGCUCAUAAAUCCAAUACUUAUAUUAAUUCAUCUUUAAUAUGUAAAUAUUUUAUUCUCCAAAAUAGGUGGUAAGAGGACGUCAAUUCCAUACUAAUUUUAUUUUGAAAAAAUAAAACAAAAUAAUAUUUUCA